AUGGUCAGUCUGCGGUAUGCGUGGACCAACAGCAAUGCAUUCCUGUCCAUUGCUGGGUCAGCAACUGCAGCGCCGAGGGUGAGCGCGCCGAUGCCCAAGGGGCUGCGCAAGAUCACGCCGACGGCACCGUUCCGGCCCACGGCCGCGGCUGCGGCGCCGCCACCGGACCUGCCGCCGGAAAUGGCCGCUGCGGUGGCGCGCUCGGCCGACCCCGACCAGCGCCAGCUGCAGAGCGCCUUCCUUGGGAUGUACAGCAAUCCCGAGUCCAAGGUACGCCUGAAGACUGUGGUGGACUUUGUGGGCGACAUGCUGGGGCAAACCGUGAAAGCGGCUGCCCUGAAAGUGGCAGCUGCAGCCGCAAGCGAGGAAGUUGCGCGGCAGCUGCAUCACCUGGUCCAAAGCUCUGCAGAGGCGCUCCGCACAGCUGGUCAGCCGGUCACAGCGGAGGCCGUCAAGGCGUCGCUGCAGCUGCAGAUCCCAGGAAUAAGGAAUAAAACCCUCAAGAAGGCUGUCAGAGAUGCAUGCACGAGUGCAGUUUGUCAUGCAGAGGCCAGUGCGGUACAGGCAGUGGCCGCACUUGCGCUCCCGUCUUGGACUCCUGUUGUCAUCGGAGCAGCCGCCGCCAUUGCAGCGGACAAUGCCGUUGCCUCGUGCGCGCAACAGCUUGUCACGGAGGUUUCAAAUCAGAUGGCCUCGAUAGUGCAGGCGCAGUUGGAUGAGACAACAAAGCUGCUCAGCGAGCUGAUCUAUGUGUCCCUGCAGGGGAAGCUGUAA